UGUUUCCGUUGGGUCUGUUUAUAUCAAAGUCAUCGUUGUCAUCGUCUCUGAAGAAGAGAGAGGAAUGGCCACGGCGUCGUUUAGAUGGAUUUUGCAGCUUCACAGAGAUGUACCAAAAGCGGCUCGAUUCUACGAGAAAGGUCUCGAUUUCUCCGUCAAUGUGGUCACGUUACGUUGGGCUGAACUUCACUCUGGUCCUCUCAAGCUAGCUCUUAUGCAAUCUCCCAGCGAUCAUGUGAUGAGUGAGAAGGGAUACUCUUCGCUACUAUCGUUUACUGUGACGGACAUUAAUACAACCAUCUCAAAACUUAUGGAACUUGGAGCUGAACUUGAUGGCUCUAUCAAAUACGAGGUCCAUGGCAAGGUUGCAUCUGUGAGAUGUCUUGAUGGUCAUGUGCUCGGACUCUAUGAACCUUCAUAAGAUCAUCUGUUCAUGAUUUUUUGCUGUCUGGAUUAUGUCAUGGUGGAUUUGAUUUUGAUUUUUUUUCAAACCGUUUAAUAAUAAUAAGAUAAUCUCAA